AAAAAAAAAAUCAUUUCACAGUCCACACCAACCCACUUCCAGGAAAAUUCCUCUCACCGCGUCAGUCAUCUCCUUCCCUGGACCGACCCUUUGUCCAUCCAUAAUUCCGCGAAAAUUUGGUAGCAAGAACACAAUCCUCCCGAGAGUUGAGAACUUGAGAUACUGCCAUGGCGCUGUGGGGUGGGUUGGGGCAAGCGGCGACGGUGGCGCAGCUGGUCGGGGCGGACAUCGGCGGCCUCAUCACCAUGAUCAUGCAGGCGGCGAUGACGGCUCAGCAGAACAAGAAGGAGUGCGAGCAGCUCGCCCGCCGCGUCUUCACCAUCGCCGAGCUGCUGCAGCACCUGCAGGAUCCGGAGGUGCUGCGGCGGCCUGAGAUCCGGCGGCCGCUGACCGGGCUCGACGACACGCUCCGGGAGGCGCACGAGCUUGUGUUGUCGUGCCAGGACAAGAGCGCCGUGUACAGGUUGGUGAUGGCCGGGAGGCAGGCUGAAAAGUUCAGGGAUGUUCAGAGCAGGAUCGACUCCUACCUCCUCCUCUUUCCAGUUAUUAGCCACAUGGACAUCACUCGCCGUCUCGAUCGAAUUUACAACAUCCUGCUUCCGAACGACAUGGCCGGGCCAUCUAUGUCUCCUGUCUCCAUGCCCCAAAUCCCUGUCCCAGCCUCCCAGGAUACUGCUAAGAUCUGUUGGAACUGGAAGGAACCCCAUAGAGUCCAAGAGUUUAAUUUUAAGGAGCUCGCAAAGGCGACCAAGAACUUUGCCCCUGAAAGAAAGAUCGGUGAAGGUAGCUUCGGCUCGGUGUACAUGGGAAGGCUUCCUGAUGAGCGGGUGGUCGCCAUCAAGCACCGUAGUCGGAACUCACUUCAGGGUUACAAGGAGUUCAUGGCAGAGAUCACAAUCCUCUCCCCCAUCCGCUACAAGCACAUUGUUCCACUAUAUGGCUACUGUGAUGUGUUGGUCGAGGAGAAGCAGCGGCGCCUCCUGCCACCGUUCCGGAAGGAAAAGGAGAAAGAGCAUCUGCUUGUCUAUGAGUACAUGGAGAACGGCUCGCUGGAUCACCACCUGCACGGCCCAACGUCGUCGUCGUCGUCGUCGCCAGUGAUGGCGUCCUGGAAGACACGCAUGGAAAUACUGCUAGGUGUGUCGCAGGCCAUCGAGUACCUGCAGUACUGCGGUGAGCAGCCGAUUAUCCACCGUGACAUCAAGCCGUCCAACAUCCUCCUCGAUGGCAACUGGGUGCCGCGCUUGACGGACUUCGGGUUGGCGCUCACCUGGGAAGGCCCAGGCCAUGAGGAUACGGUUGUUGGCACGUACGGAUACGCGGCACCGGAGUACGUUAUGACAGGCAUUCUGAACCCGUCAGUCGAUAUCUACGGUUUCGGUGUUGUGAUGCUUGAGUUAUUGACGGGGAAGAAACCACAUUUCUUUGAAGAAGAGUCGGAGGAGAAGAAGAGAGAAGACAAGAGAGAAGAGUGUGAAGAAGAGGCGCAGAAGAGAGAAGAAUGGGAGAAAGAGGACACGACGCAAAAACUCCACGAGGAUUUGAAAAAGAGGAGGGACUUGGUGUCCUUCGCGCUGCCACUGAUUGAGGAGGGUAAUCUACGGAAGGUGCUGGACAGGCGGCCAUCAGCAGAGCCAACGCCGAGGCAGCUGCAAGCGGUGGAACUGGUGGCGCACACGGCUGCCCGCUGCCUGCGGCUGCAGUGGGAGGAGCGGCCGGCCAUUUUGGAAGUCGUGGCCAACCUCGAGACGGCGCUCGAGCUCGCCCGAUGCGAUGGGUAGCAUAGCCUAGGCUCCCGAGACAUCUUAUGUGAAUAAUUGGGCAAUGUAUUUCUCAUCAUGUAAUAAUUAACGCUGUUGCUUCUCCUCUCCUUUUCUGUGCGCAUACACAAUUAAACAUACCAAUGUGGUGUGAUCAUGUGAUCAACGAACAAAACCUUAUCUUCUUUGCUGAUUUAUAAUGCCCACUUGUGCAGCUGUGCUGAACCAACAA